AUGGCUACUUCUUCCUUUGAGCAAACUGUUCGUUCUUCUUCUUCUAAAGAACACAAACGCAACAUCUUUGGCAGUAUUCUUAGACACCUUGCCCCUCAAGUCCAAGUUGAAGGUGGCGCCACAGCUACUUCUGGAAACUACGCCUCAAUUAUUAUGCUUUCCUGUGACCAAAAGUUAGCUGCUGACAUUACGCCUUAUUCUAGAUUUUUAAUUUAA